AUGGCUCUGACUCAAUAUGCUCAUGGGGCAGAAGCAGGCGAAGAUGUGUCCAUGACGCCGAAGGAAGCGCUUUGUGAUUCCCUAUAUACCCUCGGCGAGACGUUGGCUCAACUGGCAACGUCGAACAGAGGCGUCUGUGAGAGCCUAAUCGACGAACGUGAAAAGAUUAAGUGCCACAUGGCAGCCAAAGGCGUCAGCAUGGGUCUCUCAUUGUAUGCAGGAUGCUCGACCUUCUCGACCAUACAAGUGGCACAAACAGUAGCUGCAACCUCUCUUGCGCCAGAGGCUCUGGCUUCAGCUGGGCUUGCCGGCUAUACAGGAGAUGUGAUAUUGACGACAACAAUUUUAUGCUUCAAUCCCUUCGUCUUGGCCGCAGCGACUGGACUGACCGCUGUUCUCGCAUACGGGCUAUACAAGAAAAAUGAGCAACGAAAGGAGUUCGACAAACUCAUAAGUUAUCAUAAGACAAUGAGAGACGUUGUCUGCCAGGCCUGGGGCCUCGCGUACGAUACUGAGCAAUGUUUGAUGUGGGUUCACUGUACCGACGCACAGGAUCCGAACAGUGCCGAGUUUCUCGACCAAGCUGCACGAGACAACUGGAGACGAUUCAUCCAGCAAUUAAGGAGCAUUGCAGGCGGGCAGGCUACCGCAGAAGAAAUGACCGCCAACUUUGUCUUGACGUACCUUGACACUCAACGCCAGACGAUGUGCCGAAUUAGAGACGAUGUUACCCAGCUUUACCAGGGAGUGAUGAGCCACUACCAGCGCAGAUGA